CACAAAUGACCCUUAGAUCUGAAUUUAGUGAUCCAGACCUAUUUCCGGGUCCGUGACAAUGGGUGGACCCUCCGUCCAUUUUCCACUUUCCACUCUCCCAGCUUUCGUCGUACAACUGUUACUUAUAAAAUCACUAUGAAGGAUCAGCUGCCCGAAACUCUUCCUCCCAUCCUAAAUCCAAUGUCUGAUAGUAUCACAUACCAAUCCACCCCUAACGCUUACAACUCAACCACCCACUACUUGCCGCCGCCGCUUACAGGCAAUGUUUAUGCAGGAGGACUCCCAUCUCGCACCGAACCCCAGCGGAAACGUCCAAAGUACACGAGGAGUAAAACAGGUUGCUUGACUUGUCGCGUUAAAAAAAUAAAGUGCGACGAGACGAAACCUAUUUGCAUGAGAUGCACGCAUGGACAGCGGGAUUGCACUUGGCCGGAGGGCGUCCCGACACGGAAGAAGCCAAUACCUAAGAAAGAGUGCGUUGACGGAAGGCCCUCGACAGCAGAGUCGUCUGGCAUCUCCGAAACGUCGACUCCCCCCACACGCGACAACACGCCGCCCCAGUACACCCGUCCACCCGCCGUUUCGCGCCGUCACAGUGAACCCAUGGUGCUACCGAUAGGUCCCGACCCUGAGGCAGCACGACGCCAGCUCACGUCGCAUGGCUAUCCACAACCGCACCAUCCCAGCCAGUCUAGUGUUCUUUCGAUGAUACCCGAAAUGUCGACAUACCCGCCUAACCAACCUCGCUAUGACACAACUUACACGGGUACCACUGCAGUAAUUCAUUCGCAUCAGCCGCGCGUUGGUGGUCCGUCCCAUGCGCCCUCAGGCUACCCACUCCAUGUGCGGACUCCCACGCAACAUCAGCUACCUCAACACCAUUGGGCGCAGCCACAGCCGCAAAUGCUUCCAGGGAUGAGCCUGAUGGAUCCAUUCUUUCACACACCCCAGGACAGGAAUUUGGUGGGCCAUUCGUCUAAUGAUCAACACCCUAGAUACCAGUGAUAAUGAUGCUUUCUAUUUUCUUUUUCUAUUUUCUUUUUCCUUUUUUUGUUUUUGUUUUCUCGAAAGACUUUGCAAUAUAUCCUGGAGCAUUAAUAUCCGCUGAAAUCUUCGUUUUUCAUGCUAACCUGCUGUUCGUUUCGACGUUUCGAAUAGAAAGUCGGGGUCUGACGUCGUCACUGAGGCAUUACCCGUUGCUUUUAGAAUACAGGAACUACUCAGCAGCCAUGAUUACUUGGUGUGACGUUAAAGUGGAGACGGGG